GGUAGGUAUACGGUAGAGCUCUUAUUGCCAAUGAUAGGAGGAUUCUGUAGUGCAUGACCUCGGCGACGACGAUGCAACGAUGGUAUUCUACUCUAUUACUCUACGGAUUACUGUACUUGGGUGCUGGCCAAGAGCCAAAUGUCACCGCCGAAUGUAAAGCGGCAUUGGAAGCAUGUGAAGAAGAUUUGGAAUGUUCAAAUCGGCUGUCACCGCUUAUGGCCGCCUGCACAACUGGCACCUGUCAACCACAAUGUCGUAAUGCUGUCUUGAACGUAUAUCAAGACAAACAUGGACGAACACUGUUGAAAACUGACGCAUCAUGUAUCCCAGGGCGGGAAGAGCUGAAAACUUGCCAUUUCCUUCCAAUGGCUCCGAUUGUGCAUUGCAGUUUGGCUAAAUUGGCAUGUGAAGCUGAUUUACAGUGCAAUUCACAAUGGGGAGUUUUUGUGUCCGAAUGUGAAGCUGAAACAUCACGGGGUGAAUGUUCGGAGAGAUGUCGUGGAUUGUUGACAGCCACCAUGGCGACGCCUCAUGGCCAGGCUUUUGAAACAUGCACAUGUACGGAACGGGAAGAUCAGCUAUGCAUAAAUCUGAGAGAUAAUAUUCUUGGAGCAUGUGUUAAGCCUACACCACCUCCACCCUCACCCAGUGAUAACUCAAUCACUCAGUCACCAACGUCCGUCACCGACAACGAAGUUGAACCCACCGCAUCUGCCCAAAUACUAUUCCCAUCAGUGCUUCUUUGUGCGCUACUCGCCAUACGGCUAUUUUAUAUGCUUUAAACUAGCCGUCCUAUUCGUAACAUGAUGUUCAUUAUCAGAAAAUGUGAUAUGUUGCGUAGGCGCCAUGCGAAAAACCCGGUCGUGCAUUGCCUAGUCGUUGUCUCGCUCGUUCUAUCGUCGUGACUUUUCUCCUUAUCUUUCUUGCUUUUCUUAUCAUCUUAUCGUCAAACAAUCGAAACAUGUAAAAAUUUGAUCUUUUCAAUCGAUUCGGCAUACUACAUGUCGUUCACAAUUUGCGUCAUUUUGCAUAUAUGUACAGUUUCUUGUAAAGAGAUAACUUAUUGCUCAAUGAGUACCGCUUCAAGAUAUUGUUAGAUAAUAAACUUGAUGUAGAA